AUGACCCUGGUGCUGCCCAUGCAGCGGCUGGGCCCCCCCAGCGCCGCCGAGGGAGCCGCCGAGGGAGCCGCGUGCCGCCCCCUCUGGGAGCCGCCCUGCUGCGGCCGCCCCGGCCCCGGCCCCGGCGCAGGAGCGCCUUACCGGGGGAUUUCGAGUCCCGUAACGACGCCCAAGAUCACAUACUUUAAAAGGAAAUAUGUGGAAGAAGAGGAUUUUCAUCCGCCGCUCGGCAGCUGUGCACAUAAAACCAUCUCGGUGUUCGAGGAGCGGGCCCACAUCCUUUACAUGUCUCUGGAGAAGCUGAAGUUCAUCGACGACCCCGAGGUCUACCUGCGGCGGUCGGUGCUCAUCAACAACCUCAUGAAAAGGAUCCACGGGGAGAUCGUCAUGCAGAAUAGCUGGUGCUUCUCCGCUUGCUCCUUUGGCGGCACCUCGCCGCAGGAGUGGUUCGUGCCACAGAACUGUCCCUACAGGAAGCGGCUGCGGAUGGCCAAGGAGGAGUAUGAGAAGCUUCACGCCUGCUGCUUCUACCAGGAGUGUGGCGGCCACUACUUAAACCUGCCCUACUCCGUUAACGCUAGCACAGAAAAUACUUCCUCUUCCUCCUCUUCCUCCUCCUCCCCACCCAUAUCUUUGCCAGGCUGUUCCCAGCAAGCGGAUUAUGGUCUUCCUGGUGCCGCUCCGUACGGGAGCGACAACCAGGCGCCUACUGGUGAAAUGUUCCUCGCUCCUGCCCGGCCUCACGGUGACCAGGAACAGGCAAAAUUUAGUGACGAGAAGGGAGGCGACGAGGCUGAGCGAGACGGCAGCAUCCUAAGCUGUGAAGCCCUCAGAGGCCCCCAUGCCCUCGAGUGUAAAGGCAAAUUUUACGAUUAUUUUGAGACUGGAUGCAGUGACAAGAUUAACACCGGUGAAUCUUGGAAAAAAUCCAUAAGGAAAAAGGAAUCACUACCGAGUAACAAAACGUGCUGCAGCAAAGGAAGCAAAGUAUGAGGCGCCUUUCCCGCUCUGCUGAAGCAUGCGCAGCAUGUCCACCUAGCUAUCAAAAUUUUAUUUUCAAUGGAUUUUUUUAUAGUUUUCUACAAGUGAAACAAUCAUGCCACAAACAUUACGUGUAGUUGUGAGUGACUGAGGAGCCGCUUACAUAAAGGCCCCAAGAUCUGCAUCAUUGGGCUGUGUGUAAGUGUGGAGACUUUGUACAGAGCACAGAUGUGUUGCGGCUCGGCACUGUAGCAUAUCCAGCUAUGGUGUAGCUUUUGUUACCGAAAAUACCAAUCAACCAGAUGGGGAAAACAUAUCGUUUUCUAUAUCCCUGACCCCAAGAAGUCUGCCGUUAAUUAAGAAGAUCCUCUGUUAUGUUUACCAAGGAGUUGGAAGCCUGGUAGACAAAUGAUGCUACCAGCAAGGGUGGUGUGCUUCUCCCAACGCAGGGCUUGCUACGGCACAAGACUGGCUGUGCAGACUGGGAGCAAAUCAUCCUCACGUUUUGCACCGAUGCUCCUCAGUUCCUGCACCCAGCGCCUUGUCCAGCUGACAAAAUAGGACGUAGCAUGAGGAGGCUCCUCUUUAUGGGGUUUUAAUCAGCAGUGUGCAGCUCAAGUGCUUGCACAUUUUCACCUUGGCUGUAAUAACCAACGAGGCUCAUGGUUACACAGGGCAGGUUUUUUUUGGUGCCUUACUUUUUGUCUUAAUUUUUGCCAGCGUGAGAAUUAAGUGUAAAUCAGUGAUACAGCAGGGAUUUAGCCUAAACAUAAAAAGGAAAAGAAAAAAAAAAACCCUACAAGGACAGGGUGGAUCAACAUUAUUAGAAACCUUUAACCUUUGAAGUACUGAGUUCAACUUCCUAUUCAAACAUCUCUGUUCUUCCUUUUUGAUGCUCAGUUGCUUUUUGAUUUGCCAUCCUUAGGAAGGGGUUUAAGAAACAAUAGAGAGAUGUCUCUUGUAAACAAGCAUCGGAUGCUUGAGCGUUUCUAUGGCAACUGUCUGUUGCUGGGGCUCUUUUUUUCCUCCUCCUUCGUAUAAUGAAGUUCAUGAACCAGUGGCAUGUUUUAUACUUUGUUCUGUUUCGCAUAAUUUUCUGUCUUUUAGAUUGCAAAAGCAUGCGGGAGUUUUAUAUGACUUCUUUUGCUGUUGAUUUCAAAAAGAAAAGAAAACAAAAAGCACAAUGUUAAUCAAGAAUGUGGCGAUAAACAUGACUUUAUCUGAAUGAAUGUAAGGGGUUUGAUUUUAAAAAAGAACAUUUUGGAGAAAUGAGCUGAGAUUUCAGUGGCUAUGGACCCAAUUUAGACAUUCCCCGGAUAGGCUAUUUGCAAACGACUGCUGUUUAACCCACACAUUAGCCAGGGCUGGCCGGAGAGCACUGCAUGUCUUGGACCCGUCAAGUUAAAAAGUUCCUGCUGUUCCCAAAAUCAGAGGUUGGAUGUAUUUGGCCAAAGUCUCAGC